UGUUUUUGUUUUGUACAAAGGGAGGAGUGAAUCGUUUGUUUCAGUUUUAGGUUCCUAAUUAAAAAUUGAUACCGUCAAAAUUGCCAAUAAAAAUGGGAGACUUCAAUUGGGACGACCACAACCGCCGGCAGGUGCUAGAAGGGCGUCAAAUACUAGAGCGAACGUCAGCCAGCCUUGCUCGAUCGAAUCAGAUUGCAAUCGAAACCGAAAACACAGGUCAUGAGGUGAUAUCGGAGCUGGAAGUCCAGCGGGAAUCUUUGCUGCGCAGUCAGCGACGUCUGGAGAAUGCCAACGACGGUCUGGCAAAAUCGAGCUCCAUUCUGCGGGCCAUGCAUAGGAAUGUGCUGUACAACAAGCUGAUUCUGAUACUGAUUAUCGUGAUGGAAGUGCUGAUACUGGUUGGGCUGUUGUUUAUUAAGCUGAGCCACUGAGAUCAAAAUUGUAAAGCAUUAGAACUAAGUAUAACAAUUUUGUUUGCAAGUUCGUACUUUUCCAAACAAUAAUUUGCUUGGAAAUCAUAAUCAAAUUAAAAGAUAUACCUUUAUAUACAUCCGCAAUUAAUCUUUGUAAUUAUGGCCUUUGGCUAGAAAUUAUCAAAUAUAUAUAAAAAAGUA